GCGACGGUCUUUUUUAUACUGGCAGAAAAUGUAGCGCAAUUGAGUCGUUUCGCGCUUUGUUGGCUGUCGCAGUGACAUGUCAAAAAAAAGCACUCUCCCUCGUCGUCGCAACAGUCAACAGCGCCUGGGCGGCCAGCGUGAAGGAUGCAAGUGAUCAUCGACAUGCACUCAUCCCGCACUACUCCCGCCAGACUCCCGAGACGGGCCUAACAUGCGCCGCGCCACUUAGCGCCGGCAUCCGUCAUUUUUCCAUAUUUCCUCCCAAGAAGCGGGGCGGCGCUGGCAGCCGACCAAUCAGCGCGCGGGCUGCGCGAAAUGGAGUGCAUUCACCUAAUUCCAUUGCCGUAAUGAAUUAACCGCGAUAGCUGCCUGCCUGCCAAGGGAUCGCGGGAUAUACAUCUUGUCCAGUCUGUCUUCUUCUCCAUUUAUCCCUAUCUGGUCCCGUCACUAAGCUGCUUUCCAUCAUCGCGUUGCCUUCCCCAAACAAAUACACUAUUAUUCUGGCGUGUUUCGGGCUUUUAUUUAAAGCUCUCACUAGAAAGCGCAAAUAUCGGCGUGACCUUUCCCGCGAGUGCCAUAUAGGAGGAGAAGAUAUUGAUUGGUGUGUUUUUAUAACGGGAAUAUCGUUGCUCGCUGCUUAAUCAAUAAGCGUUUGCUCUCUAAUCGAAAUAACAUCCUCGUUUGAAUCUAUUGCGUGCUGGAAUUAUUUACUGCGAUCGUUGAAAAAUCGAGGACACACAUUUACGAAGUGGUUAUGUCGACGACAACGUCCAUCGUGCGCCGGUAGUGCGCUGGAGCUUGUUUGUAUCCGAUUUAGCCAAGAUUAGCGCGGCAGGAUUAUGCCAACCGCACCCCGCUUGACCGUUUCCAUCUUUUUCUAUUUUGGCGCAUAAAUGAUCGGGGCACCAUGAAACCGCACAGUGCAGCAUUCCCGCAGUGGACGACUGUGAUAUGCUGUAUCUUUUCCUUAAUCCUUUCCCUAACGAGUGUCGAGUCGCGCGAUGCCGCCGACGACGAGUGGCACCGGAAGCACGAGGACACCGCGGAGAACGCCUUGGGCAAGUGGCACCCGGACGAACUACUGAAGAAUGAACUGGAGGAGGCCACCACGGAGCCGGCCACCGGGUGGAAAGCGUGGAGCAGCUGGAGCGAGUGCUCGCGGACGUGCGACGGUGGCGCCAUGUUCCAGUAUCGCACGUGCAGCCGGGAUGACGGGCAAGGAUGCUAUGGCGAAAAGGUCCGCUACCGGCUCUGCAACACGCAGAACUGUCCACCGGAUGCCGUUGAUUUCCGAGCGCAGCAAUGCGCCGCCUACAACAACAUGCGUUUCAAAGGCCGACUGUACCGCUGGCUGCCUUCCAAGAACACGGAGAAGCCGUGCGCUCUGACAUGCGAUGCCCAGGACGAGAGUAUCACCCGCGAGAUGGCGCCUAACGUCCUGGACGGUACCCGGUGCCGUGAGGGAUCACUGGACAUGUGCAUCAACGGAAUGUGCAUGUCGGUCGGAUGUGACCUCCAACUGGGCUCCAGCCUAAAGCUGGACGCUUGCGGAAUUUGCGGCGGCGACGGCUCCCGGUGCGGCCGACCGUUACAGUACAUCUGGCAGCAGACCAACUACUCGCAGUGCUCCCGCCCCUGCGGCGGCGGCUACCAGAGCACCUCCUCCUACUGCAUCAGCACCCAGUCCGGCCUCGUGGUCCCGGAGGUCCACUGUGACCUUUCACAGCGGCCGCCCAGUCAGCUGCGCGAGUGCAACCAACACUCCUGCAUCAAGCAGACCACGCCCUUCCGCUACCAGCAGUACCAGUGGGCCACGGAGUCCUGGGGCCCGUGUACGGCGGAGUGCAGCGGCGGGAGUCAGGCGCGACGGGUGUUUUGCCUGGAGACCCUCCAGAACGGGACGAAACGCCCGGUGGGGGACUACCACUGCACGCGGCACAACCAACCCCCCACGGAGCGGCGGUGCAACGUGCAUGCCUGUCCGCAGUGGCAGACGUCGACGUGGUCGGCGUGCUCGGCCAGUUGCGGACGCGGAAGCCAGGUGCGGACAGUAAAGUGUGUGGACCACAAAGGCUUCGACAGUUCGGCAUGCGAUAAGGCCCGGAAACCGGCCGAUAAGAAGGUGUGUAAGGUGUCCUCCUCCUGCCCGCUCCCGCACCCUCCGAAGCCGGAGGACCGCCCCCAUUCAGAGCAGGCCCUUCCGUUAGUGGCCCCCCAGGCGUGGAACGAGCAACCGCCUAUCGAUGUCGAAGAGGCGCUGAAGUACGAGGACGCCCCGAUGUUCGCGACAGGUCCCUGGUCGGAGUGCAGCGCCACCUGUGGCCACGGCUACCGGCACCGCAGCGUCGAGUGUAAACUGUACAUUCGGUUCUCGGUGAAACUGGUGCAACUGCCGGACAGCGAGUGCAACGACGCGAAGCCUAUCGACCGGGAGCCGUGUAGUCGCCGCCCGUGCGAGGACGGCGUUCUGGCAAUGCUCCCCAACACCACCACGGCGCCGGCGAACCUCUCCCGACCCAAUGUCGGGAUCGAGGUGACGUACUCCUGGCAUUAUGAGGGAUACACGGGGUGCACCAAGACCUGUCUGGGAGGUGUCCGGCACGCGAUUAUCCGGUGCUUUCGGGACCACGACCAGGCGCCGGUGGAAGAGAAGUUCUGCAAGAACGUCGCCCGUCCCCCGGAGCUGAAGCAGAGCUGCAACGAGAUUCCUUGUCCGCCACGAUGGAACACCUCCGAGUUCUCCGCGUGUUCCCGGACGUGUGGCGGGGGCACCCAGACCCGGACGAUCCAGUGCGUCCAGGAGCUUGGAGCCUCGGCCGGGGAUGUCCUCCUCCUUCCGCAGUCGUCGUGCUCCUAUCCGCCGCCCCGGGAUUUCAUCGCCUGUGCCAGCACCGACUGCGCACCAGUGUGGGACGUCGAGCCCUUCGGCCCGUGCUCCCGGACCUGCGGAAAAGGAAUCAUGGAGCGGAACGUCGUUUGCCGGCAACGCCUGGCGUCCGGAGACGUCCAGGACAUCGCCGAGCCCGACGGUGUCUGCCCGAAACACCGUCCCUCCGCUAUUAAAUCCUGUUUCCGGAGCGUAUGUCCUCCGGGAGCCACCGGGGCCCCCUCCAAAGGUCACAGUCCGCCGGUGACCCUCAACAUGUUCAAGUCCAAAACCAAAGCCAACAAACUGAAGGUCGCCAACUCCGCCGUGCACGUGCUGCACGAAGGCACGGACCUCCGACUGAAGUGUCCGGUGUCCGGGAAGCCCGGCCAGCGGCCCCCGGUGACCUGGCUUAAAGACGGGAAACCCGUGCAGUACUCCACGAACCCCAAAGCCCACGUCAAGAUGUCGCACCUGGGCGCGAUCAAGAUCCGUUCGCUGCGGAAGGCCGACGCCGGGACAUACACCUGCCGCGCCGGGAGCGUCCAGGAGUCGGUGCAGCUGAAGGUCGUCAGCCGGACGGUGUCGACGAAACAGCCCAGCAGUCCGCUGUUCGUGGGCGGCAGCACCGGGAACACCAUCCAACGGUUUUACGCCAACUCGACGGACGCGCUGCGGAUCCUCCAGACGGUGUCCCAGAAGACCACGCCCUUCUCCAACGCCAUCGCGGAUAAUAACGGGAACACCGCGGAACAGACGCGGUACUAUGCGGACCAGAGCCCGGUGACGGAGCUCCCGGCGCUUGAUUAUAGUGGGAAGAACGUGGAGGAGCUGGUGAUUAACGUCCUGGACAUGUUCCGAAAGCCGCGGGGACUGCAGCAGAUCUUCGUGGAUCAGCCGCUGGAGACGGCCGGGGAUGGGCAGAAGGUCAGCGUAAGGUCCAGGUCGGGACAGAGCAUGGUGGCCGUGGAGUGGGUCAACGGGGAGUGGUCGCCGUGCUCCCGAAGCUGUGGAGGCGCCGGUUCGCAGGUGCGCAGUAGUAACUGUCAAGCGCGGCUGGACAAGGAACAGCAGGUGGCGCCACACGCACUCUGCAUCUCCGCCGGUCUGAGCAGUCCGCCGGAAACAGCGCGGGUCUGCGGCUGGGAGGAGUGUCCCGAAUGGCGGACCACCGCCUGGGAAGACUGCGAGUCGGGGCAGUGUUUCUCCCUGGAGGCGGCCACUCAAACCCGCAAUGUCUCCUGCGGCUUCCCCAACGGCAGCCGGGUGGCCGAUGAGUUGUGCGGUGCGGACAGUGCCCCGCGGAAGGAGCGCGAGUGCCCCAAUCCCAAGUGCAAGGCCGUGUGGUGGACCGGGCCCUGGUCGGAGUGUACGGUGACGUGCGGCCAGGGCGGUUACCGCAGUCGCAUCCUCAAGUGUGUCUACUUCGGCACGACCAAACCGGCCGGUAAUAACUGCCGGGGACUGGAGCGGCCGCCGGUCAAGGAGCCCUGCGAAGGGGUGCCGGAGUGCAAUAGCGAAGAGCCGCACUGUCGCGACCACUUCAAGUACUGCGACUUCGCCAACCCGCUGAAGCUGUGCCGGCAGAAAGCCUACCGCCUACGCUGCUGCCGGACCUGCAACGCCCACAACAGUUCGUGACCAAUCAGAGAGCGCUUCGCUGCAUCGUCGCCAAAAUCAGCGCUGUUUCCUAAUGUACAGUUCGUGCCUAUUCCGCUGCAGCAUUAAUGUAUAAAUACAACAGAAGUAAAACUAGUGUAAAUUGUGGUUAUUCAGGAUGUUUUCUAGCUGCCUUAAUCACGGGUCGUGCCCGCAUUUUGUCAAGCUUUGUUGUGUAGCUAUAACAGUUGAUCUCAGACGUUUCCUUUCCUUCAUGUGUCAGCAUCAAUAAUAAAAUAAA